AACACCCAACUACAGGUGUUCUGUGACCAUAUAGAAGUAAACACUGUUUACUUAUGUACGGUGAUAGCGGAUAGCGGGUAGCGCGUAUCGAUUCAAUAGGUGACAGCCGGAUUUUUAAAGUUUGAGUUUGUUUUAACGGGCACUUUUAUAAAAGAUGUGGAAGAACGAGGACGAGGAAGAAAGUGACUAUGAAGAAGGAGAUUCUGAAGUGUUUGAGAAAUCAUUUACACCUUCCUAUGUUGUUAUCGCCAUUGAUACCCACUCAUCAAUGUUCAAAGCAAAUAAAGAAGGAAAAUUACAUUUUCGGAGUUGUCUUGAAGCUUGCUACGCCUUGGCCGAUUCUCUCAUUUUCAAAUCAGAUAAAAGAACUUGGAGUCCUUUUUCUAUAGUGUUAGCUGGAGAACAGACUGCACUUAUUAAUUUUCAGCAUAAUAUACUUGAUUCAGUCAAAUUGUUGAAAGCAAAAACACAAUUGAAAGAUGAUGAAAUUGUGAAAGAGUUUCAGAGACAGAAAGAGUUAGAUUUGGGCACUUUUUUCUUAAGUUGCAAGAAGCUUUUUCACGAAAUUAAAACGACCUAUUACAAAAGAACCCUAAUAUACAUAACAAACGAUGAUAACCCAGUGAAAAACAAAAAUACCAAAUUCACUGCUUUGAACGAGGCAAAAAACUUUGGAGGCAAUCAAAUUGAAUUUGAAGUCGUACCAACAGUUGAAAACUUCAAUUACAAGUUGUUUUACAAUGAGCUCUUCUCAUUAAUAGGAGGACCACGAGUUGAAGAAAUUUGCAUCGAUACUGAUGGGCUUGUGCAAAAGUUAUCUGCAUCAGUGGUAAUGAAGAAUAACAAACAUUUAAAUUUCUACCCUUUCAAAGAUGAUCCAACCCGCUUUAUAAAAUGUUUGAAAGAGGAAUAUAUGUUUUCAUCAUCUCAUAACAAUAUCAUGGUCACCAAGGAUGGUAAAAAAGUAAUAAACCAUACUGUUGAGUUCGAUGACAAUACGUCCUAUCGUUUCAGAAUAAAGGAUUGUGACCGGGCAGAUAGUGCUCAGUUCACACUUUCUGAAAAGGAAGCUUGUUUGGAUUACUCUCUACCAAAAGGAAUUACAUUGUUGUACGUUUCGGAUAGAGUCGUAGACGUGGGUCAUGUUUUAACAAAGUCUUUUUUACUUAAGGAAGAUCCCAAAGAAGAUUUGCCUUACUUUAAAAAAUUCUGGCAAAGCUGUGUGGAUAUGAAUAAAGUACUUGUGUGUAUGUUGAAACUAAGCCAGGGUGGUAAGGUUCGAUACGACGAACUCAUUCCAGUUAAAGUAGAUGGUUCACCUAUGUUUUUGGUGAAAGGUUUACCAUUUGCGAAUGAAAUAAGUUACCCUUUGAAACAAGAAUACCCCGAGAGAGUAGCAGACGAAAAGCAAAGAAUAUCAAUACAGAACCUGGUUGACAAAAUGACUUUCGAUUUUGAUUUAAAAAUGGUGCCAGAUGUAUUAUUCCAAAAAAGAAGAGCUUAUGUCAAAGCAAAAUUACUGGAUGAGCCAAUCGAAGAAGUAAAUGAUGUAGCCUUCGAUAGAGACACACUGGAUAGUCACUUGAGGGAGGUUGUUGAAGAAAUCCACAGUACAUUCAGUUUGUCGGGCGAGAAAAAAAGGAAAGCUCCUGCUCAAAAAGGGCCUUCCCAGAAAAGACGGAAGUGAUGUUACCAGCAUAUCAAAUAAAGUUGGUUUUAAAUAACAUAUUUUUUUCAAUUGUAUAAUAAUAAAAAUAGCGUGUCUUUAUUUUCCAAAA